UCAAACGUGAUUCUGAAAAGUGUCGUUCCGGUCGUGGGUGCUUCCUGAUGCGAGUGCUGAGAUUUGAAACGCAAAUUCCAAAUCAGUCACGAUCGGACUACAAGUCACUUAGGUAAUCUGCAUCUUCUCUCGUGCGAAGCGGGUGGUCAUGCGUUGUUCCGGUAGUGCUACAAAGUGGACAGAUAGCCAUUAAGAACAGUCAUAGAAGAAAAUGAGUAGUGCAACAAAAAAGCGAAGGUUAUUGCUGCAAUCGAUCAUAAUAAUAGUGUUAUUUAAUAUUGGGGUGACAUCGGCGACGGAUAUCACCGAUCAGGUCUCUCCGUUGGAUAGAGAUCCGCUGAGAUAUUUAUUUCAUUCGAUGCGAAGGUGGAUGUUCAAUAUGGUCGGGAGAACUGGACUACGGACCAGGGGGCACUUUCUGCAGGACAAGAUUCCGGAUGAUUUACCAUUUCCGUGUGACAUUUCGCUGGGAAGAAGCCGCCGGGUGCCAAAGAGUGUACACAAACUGAGACCAGGUGACAUCAACGUGAUCGCCGCCAUGGGAGACUCUCUUACGGCAGCCAGCGGUGCGGCAUCCUCCAAUAUGCUAGAUCUGUACAUGGAAAACCGCGGCCUUGCUUGGAGCAUCGGAGGUCAAUGGAACUGGCGCAACGUAACGACGCUACCGAACAUUUUGAAAGAAUUCAAUCCAAAGCUUGUCGGUUACUCCCUGGGUGAUUCCUAUCCUUUCCACCGUGAAACGCAGUUCAACAUGGCUGAAAUAGGUGCAGUUUCAUACGAUAUGCCAUUUAUGGCGCGUUCCUUGGUGAAACGAAUCCGCUCCGAUCGACGGGUGGAUUUCAAAUGGGACUGGAAAAUGGUCACCAUCACUAUAGGAGGGAACGAUAUCUGUUCGUUCGUAUGUGCCAUGGAACGUCCGGAAGAUCUUCCGCAGAAGCAUCGAUUGCGAAUGAUCCGGACGCUUCGCUAUCUGAGAGACAACAUGCCGAGAACGUUUGUGAAUGUGGUCUCUGUGCCAUCGGUGGACACGGUCAUAUCAACGCGAUCGAAGCCGGGAAUCUGUCAUACUUUGCAUCACGGAGAAUGUUCCUGCUGGGUCGGGAAAGCAUACAAUCAGACUGAUAAGUCCAGACAGAGGUGGCGAGCAAUCCAGGAAGGCAUGAUCAAGGUGGAAGAGGAAGUAUCUCAGAUGGACGAGUUUCGUCGGUUGGACGAGUUUGCUGUGGUCUAUCAGCCAUGGUCGACACACAUUUCGCUCAAAAUGAACGGACGAGAGGUGGACUAUUCCUUAUUAGCAUAUGAUUGUUUUCACAUGAGCCAGAAAGGGAACGCGUACGCUGGCACUGCGCUGUGGAACAAUCUGCUGGAAUCGUCGGGAAAGAAAAGCACCAACUGGCGACCGCUGUUCGAAGAUUUCAAAUGCCCCACCGAAAAGACACCCUACCUUUACACCUACGAUAAUAGCUAAAACUCUGCCAAACUGAAAGGUGCUGUGCUUUUGUGCAUUCCUCGCCCUGUGCGCGCUUUAAUUUAAUUUAAUUUAUUCCACCAAACUCUUGCAACGCAAGAAAGUCUGUACCUUGCAGUCAACUUGAUUGAUUUCAACUAAACCCGUAAGUUAGGUAAGUUGAAUAAAACUGUGCUAAUUGAGCAUCCAAAAUCAAAA